AUUCACGGAGAGCACCGAAAUCUGUGAUAAGAAUCCAUUCUAUAGACUAUCGCAGAUAUCGACAGCAUGUAGGAUAAAAAAAGAAGAAGAAAAAGAAAACCUUCCCAGUCCGUUACACCGACGCCUGAAUUACAACAGUUCUAGGCAACCACCUUCACUGAUUCCACUCAAACAUGACUUCUGCACUCGAUGCCCACUCCCAAGCCGCCUCGCACCAACAAUCCGACUUUGGCAACCGGAUGGGCUGGGGCAGUAAGCCCGCACUUGUCCUGAUUGAUGUCUGUAAAGCCUACUGGACCGAAGGCUCGCCCUUAAACUGCUCUGGCUACGAGCCAGCGACUAAGGCACCUGAAGCCAUGCGGCAUCUACUCGCAGAGGCCCGCUCCUCGGCAAUCCCCGUCAUAUGGACAACUGUCGAAUACACCGACCUGGAUAUGCGAGAUGCGGGCCUUUUCUGGCUAAAAUCCAAGUCCCUCGAUGUGUGGAACGUGGGGGACACGCGUGGGUACAACGGCUGGGUAGACGGAUUGGUACCCGAAAGGGGCGAGAUGGUAGUCAAGAAGAAGUAUGCGAGUGCUUUUUUCGGCACGAGUCUGGCUACAGAUUUGAGAUUGCUGGGCGCAGAUACGGUUGUCAUUUGUGGAGUGAGCACGAGUGGCUGUGUGAGGGCGAGUACGUUGGAUGCCAUGCAAAAUGGAUUCAGACCCAUGGUUGUGGGGACCGCCUGUGGAGACCGCAGUGAGGAGAUCCAAAGAGCGAAUUUGUUUGACUUGAACGCCAAGUAUGCGGAUGUGGUCAGUGAAGAUGAGGCAUUGGAACAUUUGAAGGUUGGAUGGCCACAGCUUGGAACUUGAAUUAAAAAUAGAAUAUCCCCCGCCCGCGACU